UCAUAUAGGAAGUAAAGGGGUUUGUUAGAAGGACUGUAGAUGUAGAGAAAGUCACUUGUCUGUGGGGACAGAAUGGAGCACACCUUGCUCUGUUUGCUGCUAUUGCUGAGUACACACAUCUACUCUGGACACUCUGAAGAUGAUGAUGGACAGGCAAAGGCUGUUCUGACCAUACACCCCAAAUCCUCCCAGAUAUUCAGUGGAGAGUCUGUCACUCUCAGAUGUCACAUACAGAGGGGAGAAGUCACUGACUGGGAAUACACAUGGAGCAAGGAUGAUGUAAACUCAAUCAAUAGGAAGAAUGAAUAUGAGAUCAGUGAGGUUAAGAUUUCAGACAAUGGUGUCUACAGGUGUCUGGGUAAACAUAUUGAUAAUGGGAUGUAUUCUAAGUGGAGUGAUGCAGUCAGACUGACAGUGACAGCUCUGCCUACAGCCUCAGUGAAGAUAGUCACUACCCAGGAGACACUGUAUUCCGGAGACACAGUCGAGCUGCGGUGUGACAURUCAAACUACACAGACUGGACGUACCGCUGGUUAAUAAAUAAAGAACGGCUUUCCAGUCAAACCAGUAAAACAACCACUAUCUCUCUCUCUGACCAGGCUGGUCAGUACCAGUGUCAGGGGACAAGGACAAAACGGCCCCAAAAUUCAUAUCUCAGCUCAUCUCUCCACAUUAGCGUCACUGGUGAGCUCACUAUUAAUCUUCAAUCCCUAUCUGGAUAUUCUGAAUUUCUAGGCAAAUGUGAGUCAAUCAUGUAG